AUGUUUCGGGCGCUUGUCACUUCCCUUUUUACUGUAUGUUCGUUCAGAGCUUACAAGUAGUAAGUUUUGUUUGGGAAUUAAUUACUUUAGUUACACUCUGAAUGAAGAGAUUGCGGGAGUGAGAAUAUACGAUGGCUCGUAUAUAAAAGUCCAUCCAAAAGAACCAUUCAUUCUUACCGUAUUCGGAAGAAAUCUUUCAAACGGGGUUAUCAAAGCAGCCUGGUUAACAUCUGCCGAUCGAUGUGGCGUAAGUGAAGAGAAAAUUGACUUAAGAGCACAACAAAAAUCGGUGUCGUUGCAGCCGACUCACUGUAAUUUUUAGGAUUCAGAUACGUUGAGGAAAUCGAAGACCCAACUGAAGAUCCUUCCAGGAUCAUCGACUGAUAAUAUGCUUCGCCUGAGUACAUCUACUGGUCUCGAACUCAAUUCGGAGGAGGUUUAUUCUCUGUGCACUGACCCUGACUUCACUUUUGGAAAUACUUCACAUACAGUAAGUAGCCGUUUUGGUAAUUAUGUUGAGGACAUGCAAAUGAAAGUGACUGAUUUCAACGGGACUUCUCAUUUACCAUGGUAUCUCAUGUUUCCAACAUAUGUAUUCUUCAUGGGACUCAAUGCUCUGUUUUCUGGGAUGAAUAUGGCCUUCUUUUGUAUCCCUCAUAAUGACAUAAUUCUCUUACAACGUUACAAUGAUGCAGAACAAAAUAAACAAGCGGAUGCCAUACUUAAAAUACGUAAGAAUUCUAAUUGGCUGGUCUGCACCUUGGUUUUGGGGAACACAAUUGUGAAUACAAUCAGUACCUUAUUGGUCGAAGAUGCUUCUAGCGUUGUGAGUUCAUUAAUUACCAUUUCUAACAGGUUCUUUUACUGCAGUUAGAUCAAGAGACGAAGAUGAUAGUUGUAAACACGGUGCCGGUUAUUCUAAACAUGUUCUUUGGAGAGAUCAUUCCUCAGGCGUUUGUUAAAAACAGAGGACUUAAGAUAGCUAGAAGAACUUUGUGGAUUGCCAAAUUCUUUAUGUACUUCUUUGGAGCGGUUACGUAUCCAAUGUCUUUACUUUUGGAUUAUCUAAUCGGAAGCCAAGGCGUAGAAGUUAUGGAUGCCAAGCAGUUCGAAGGCAUGAUCAAACUGCAGAUGACCAACAAUCUUCCGAAGGGUAUGAAUUUCGUUUGGGAGUUUACUUGCAGACAUUCUGGAAAGGGCAUUUCGAUUCAAGGAUGUUACUGUGGGUAGUGUGAUGACUUCAAUGAAUGACGCGUUCCUCCUAUCUUCCGAAGAUAUCUUAGAUUUAAAUGUAUGUUUGGAUGCCUUAAAGUCACAUUUUUAGUGCCUUGUAUCUGUCAUGCAAAUGGGAUAUACUCGGAUUCCGGUUUACUUGGGAUCUAACAGAGGGCUGAUCUUUGCCUUGAUGAAUAUUAAGGAGUUAAUUUUUUUAGACCCAAACGAAAAAACGAAGGUCAUAGAGACGUCCUCAUACUUGAUUAUGGUAAGUCUGUCACAUUCUUACAAUAUAUUUUAGGCGCAAUACGUGUUUGUCGAAAUGCCUGCAAGUAAGUUGAUGGCCGAGAUGAUCUCCGGUCAUGUUCAUCUUUGCAUUGUCGUUAAAUACCAAUUUGGAUGUCAUAUAGUUGUUGGAUUGAUCACAUUGGAGGAUAUAAUCGAAGAAUUAAUUGGGGAAAUCUAUGUAGGUGAAAAAUGUGAAUACGUAAGGCACUUAGGAUGACACUGACAUCUCGGCCAAGAGGUUAAAACCAGGAACCCAUGAUGACAAGGCCACCCUAAGAUGGUUGAAAGAUCAGUCCAAAGAAAUAAGGAUCAGCCCUAUCGACCAGAUGCGAGUAAUGCAAGAACUUUGCACCAGAAGCAGCGCAUUUACAAUGCUUAAUCUGACUGUUAAAGAAAUGAUAAAACUGGUCAGUCUCUGUCCAGUUAGCAAGGCUAAGGAAGACGAAGUUGUCUUCAGAAAGGGAAAGAUAGUAAAGUAAGUUCCACAAGGACAUAUUCUAUCACGACUAUUACUUAUUUUAGUAUUGUUUAUGUCGUCAUAAGAGGCACGGUCCUCAAAGACGAUAAGCUCAUCCCAGUGGAAUUUGCCUUUCAUGGCCUGUGUCUUCUCAGAAAAAUGACUAGGAUAUUCUCAAAGGAAGGCUUUGACGCUGAUGUUAGCAACAUCAGUUAUAUCAGUCAGAAGGAUUUGACUAUUGGAGAUGGAACUCUUUAUUUGAUGGUAAGUUAGUGUCCUCGAGGUUUGAUUUUAGAUUGAAUUGAAUACCAUUUCUUCGUUGUUACAAGCAAUUCACAACGAGCAUUUGCAUAAGUGCGUGUCUUCGAAGUAUGAUUAUUAUGUUAAUGAUCUUCUUCACUCGAGCCAAGCUUCAAAACCUGCGAAGAAGAGAAAACAAAGGGUUCAAGACACUAGUAGAGCUCAGCGACUGGUUACCACGCUGAGACUCAACUCUUUCUUGAAUCUCCAAAAUAUAAAAAAAUAAAGUUAUUCUGCCAUGAUGUUAAAAAAAAUAUGGGUUUGAAUGGGUGUCAAAGAGUAGAAAUGACAGCCAAAUUUUAUUUUGGCUAGGGUUUUUGACGCUGCACAUUCCAUAAAGCUUUAAUCGGUUGAAAAUGGCGAAUAUCAGCUACAGAAGAAUCUAAAUCAGAUCUAGAUAUCCGUAAUUGAAUUUUUAAAUUCCAAAUAUUGCAGGGUUUUUGCAUUUUAAAUUUUUUCUGGCAUUUUGUUUCACCCAAAAAUGUCAACCGAAUUUUCCGGGAAGGAAGGCUAGAGUUCUAUUCGUAACGUUGUACAGUUGUAUUUAUUAUUGUUUUAUUGUCUGUAUAUGGAUUAUUUAAAUAAAUUUAAGUCUACGGUCAGUUCAGUUGCUGCUCAAGUGACGCAGGCCUUGCCAGGGAAUCCCAUAUUUAGAGAAUAUGACGUGCAAGGUCAGAUCGCGACGGCUGGGCCAGGACUUUCUUGGAAAAUUUUUUCUGGCACGAAACAUACUACAAAGCAGGUAAUUGUUAUAGUUAUUAAUAAUAGUUUUUUUAGGCAGUAGCUAUUUGGCUGUUUGAGAAGAAAACUUUGGACAAAUGGCCGAAGGUGGAUAAGGAAGCCUUUGGUGAACUUCUCAAGAGAGGGGUUAGUCAAAUCACACGAUUGAGACAUCCGAGAUUAUUGGUGGUUGAGAGAGUGUUAGAAGAGAGCAGGGAUAACUUCGCCUUUUGUACUGAACCCAUCUUCGCUUCACUGGCUAAUAUUUUUGGGGAUACGGAGAACCUGAGUGACCGACCUUCCCAUUUGGACGAUUUCCAAUUUGAAAACAUUGAGUUGGAACAUGGCCUCUUUCAAGUAUGUUUGUAUUCAAUGUUUUUUAUAGUUAUUUUUUUAGUUAUCCGAAGCGCUCAACUUUCUUCACAACGAUGCAAAAAUCUUGCAUAAAAACGUUUGUCCUAAUUCCAUAAUAAUAAAUGCGAAAGGAGCUUGGAAGCUGGCGGGCUUUGACUUUUGUUCUACUGGAGUCUCAGAUGGGCAAGGGAGAAUAUUAUGCGAGCCCUUCGAAUGGAAUCGAAGCCUUAAUUCGGCCUUUUUACCGCACCUUGACUUCGCUUCUCCGGAGAUGGUUGACGGCCAGAAGUGUGACCAGACCUCUGAUAUUUUCUCAUUUGGUCUUUUGGCUGCCUCUGUUUACAAUAAAAAUAAGGUGGUUAUAAAGUCCAGAGGGAAUGUCGACAAUUACAAAAAAGAGAUUGGUAAAGUAAGUUUUCGAAUUAUAGCAGAGGGUUGUUUGAGCGCCUAAAGUCGUUUAAUAUGUUUCAGCUUAGUGAUAAUUCUUACUGGUUUUCGAACGUUCCUGAUCUAUAUAAAGAUGACCUGAAGGCAUGUUUGAACAUAAAUCAACAGUUGAGACCCGACACAUUCCAACUGACAAAAGUAAGUUAACAUUAUUUAUUAAUCUAAGAGUGUCCGGAGGAGUGUGCCGGAAAGUUUUGGUCGAUUUCUUGGCGCUCAGUCAAGAUAUGAAAGAAAUUAUAUUUAGAAAGAAGAUGGGCGGUUUUUUCUCUGAUUUUUUUCCGACAACGCGGAAGAUGUGUUACAGUAACUCUGGAUAAAGAAAAGUAACGUUAGUAAUAGCUAAAAUUAGCAAAACUGGAGAUGUUGCAAGUCUUCGCCAAGUCUCCGCCGAGUGUCCGCCGACCAUCCAACGGCUUUGCCAGGCCUCGUAGGAACUUCCUACAAUCUUUUUUGGGCAUUCACCUGUCACCUGUAUCGAUCGUUUUUGUGUUGACCCGAACUGUCGUCGACCCCAAAAGUCGGGACGCGUAAUAAGACGUGAUGACCAAAAUAGCAUACAAAAGUUUAAAAGUUUUUGCCAAAUACAUUCGUUUCCGCGUUGCAGGGGAAGAGUUUUUUUUAGCACCAAGAAGUCGACGAACACUUUCCGACACAUUUCUCUGGACACCCUAUAAUUGUAAAUUUUAGUCUCGUUUGUUUGAACAUGCAAGUUUAAAAACGUUGAACUACCUGGAAUCCCUGAUGCAGAUGGAUAAUGCCCAGAAGAUGACUUUCUUCAAAGGACUUCCUAAUGUCUUAAUUAAUUUCCCUAAAAGACCUCUAGUCCAGAAGGUUUUGCCUUGUCUUUCCGAGCAAUUUACAACUGCUGAACUAGUUCCCUUUAUAUUGCCAAGUAUAUUCUACAUUAGUCAACAGGUGUCCAAUAAAGAGUUUUCUGAUGUAAUAUUGCCAUCGCUGAUCCCAGUGUUCCAGAUGCAACAUCCAUAUCAGGCAGGUGACACGCGUUGUUUUCAUUCUUCCAUUCUUUAGAUUGUUUUGUUACUGCUACAACAGAUGCCUUUGCUUCUCGCAAAAACUCCAGAAGCCGAAUUAAAGAGGCAUGUGCUACCUAUGAUAUACAACUCUCUUUCCAAUGACAAUCCUCGAAUUCAAGUAAGUGAAGUUUCUUAAUUUUAAAUUAAUUCUUAGGAGUUAUGUUUAUCUAUUGUGCCUACAAUUGGGAAACUAGUGGAUCGCGAUGCCAUGAGAGCCAAUCUCUUGCCGAAACUUUUAAAACUUAUUUUGGAUGGACACGUAUUAUCGGUACGUUGACUGCUUAUCUAUUUAUUUUUCUGUCUGAACUCGAAAGUGCUUAGCAAAACGGUCUGUGAAGCGGCGGAAGACUGAAACGUCAAGGUUAUUAGAGGUUAAUUAUUUGAAGUACCUUUGGUAAGGUUGACAGUCUUAUAAGCGAGGCCAUGACUGGGAUUAUAGCAUUUGAGGGGAUCUGAGGCGACGUUGUGAUCAUACAUUGCCAUUAGUUUGCGGUCAUGGCUUGCAUUACAGUAACCACACGAUUUUCUGCACACUCUAAAAGCGAACGGGACAUUUCCGCAGUGAUAUUGCCGAUACUGGGGAUUGUUCCAAAAUCCAAUCCUAAAAAAAUCAAAAGAGCUGGGGUUAUCUACCUUUGCACCAACGAUUUACACCAUUUUUCUGGCCGUCUGUCCAGACAAAACUUUUCGGAUGUCAUUAAUUCAUUUUCGACAUUCUGACUGUAGUCUAAGACAUAUCCGGAGUCCAUGUGAUUAUCGAAACUGGAAUAUUUUAAUUAUGAGGAACCUACGGUUGAAUAAAAACAAAAACUGUUUUUUGGGAUUGAUUUGUUAUAAUUACCAUGUUUUACAGCACUGUAUUAAAGCGAAGUCCGGAUUAUUUAGGCAUUUGUUAAGGAAAUUGGCUUUGUUCUUGAGUUUUAUUUUGGUACACACCCUUUCACUAAUCCGGUCAAAGCAACACGGAGUUUGGCCGAUGAUUGGACCCUUUCCGGUGUAAAAAUUAGACUCUGAAAACAAUAAGUACCGGUUAUUAAUUUUGUUUAUUUUUUUUUUUUUGAUAAUUGGAUACGUUAGAAAGUGUUAGAAUAGUGUUUAAAACACCGUUUUUGUAAGGUUGGAGAGCAGUGUGGACGUUAACUAGUUAAGAUCAAACUAAGUUUUCAAUAUUUAUGCCUAGCACCCAGUAAGUAAUUUUCUGUAAAAAAAUCGGUAAAGUUACCGUAACCGGGAGUAUAUGAAAUCCGUAAAAUUUUUUCGGCGACGCAGUGGGGUGCGCUUACGAAAAAGUAUACGUCAGUAAUGCGAAAACGGGAAGUCGCUGCGGCGCGUGUGAAAAAAGAAAGAAACGCACUGUGCAAAAUUCUACGGACUUUGUGGCGCGAGUAGUAUUAUAUAUUGCAAAACCUCGUUUGGACGAAACGGAAAAGUGGGCGGGAGACAUUUUUGUUUUGGGUUGCCGUCCUUUACUUUGUUAGAAAAAUUAUAUAUCGGUUAUAUAAUGAAGAAAUCGUUAAGGGCGCUUUUAAAUGCCUUUACCUGAGUUAACAAACAAAAAGAAGACAAACAGAAAUGCAGCGAGCAUAAUGAAGCAAAUUAAUUAACCUUUAAACCGUCUCGAUUACCAUAGCUUUGCUUUGUUUGAGCACGCUCUUGCACUCGACAUCAUCUUUUAUUGCAGAUUCGGGUACUCACUUUAAUAUGUUUGUCCAAGUUACUCCCCACUUUGGAGCCAUGGAUGGUCAGCGAUCAAAUUUUGCCAGCUCUCCCAAAGAUCAACAGCAAGGAACCCGGCAUUCUGAUGGCUGUCCUUGGUAUCUACAAGUUGGCGUUCGAAAGUGAGAAGUUUGGAAUUAACAAGGAUCUGUGUGCUAAGAGUGUCCUCCCUUUCCUGAUAUCUACCAUGGUCGAGAACACUUUGAAUUUGAAUCAAUUCGAACAAUUCGUGGCUUUGAUAAAGGUGAUGAUGACUCGCGUUGAAGGAGAACAGCGGUCUCGACUUCAACAAUUGAGUGCCGGACAGGAGGAACAAAGGUAAGGCAGCAGCGAAUAAAUAGCUAUCCAUAUUCAAGGAUAUGGGUAGCUAAUCAUGAAAGGUUUAAUCUCAUUUCCCUAAUAUUAUUUUUUUUAGAAAUAUCGGCGAUUUCAACGACAUUUUCAAUAAGGGAGAGACGAACAAGUGCCCAAACAUGGAUGAUCUAGGGAUGACUGUGGGCAGCGGAAAUACAGUAAGCCGGUCGAAUGCUAAUCCGUCGCCAAUUUCAACGUUCGCCAACACAACACAGACAGCUAGCCCUUCACUCGACAUGGAUGUUUUCGGGGGUUCAUUCUCUUCGUCUUCUGUUCAGCCGAUGAGUAAUGUAAAUGCUAAAAAAUCAAGUAACGGUGUAAGUACCAUAUUGUCUGCUCUGGAUGACUUCGAUCCUUUCAAAUCGAAAUCCCCAGCCCCCCUGAGCACCUUCUCCUCUUCAUCUACCUUCGCUAACAACUCCGUCUUCUCUGGAGGUGUGAUGCCCCCUCCUCCGACUUCUUCCAACCCCAUCCAACGUUCCAAUAAUUUAUUCGCUGCUGAUUCUGGAUCUUCUUCAAGUUCAAAGUCGGAUCCUUUUGCUAAUUUACUUUCUUCAAAUCUUAAUGGAUUGGCUUCCCAGAGAAAAAAUAACCUGCCAAUCAACAAUUCGAUUCCAAAUAUGAUGGGUAAUAUGCAAAAAAUGACAGUGCCAAGCACACAAAACUCCCAAGCAGACAAUUUGCUGGACUUUCUGAAUUAACUGAAACGUAUGGUUAUUUUUUCACUUACCGAUGAUUCAUAAACGAAAUAAAUAAACGUUUAGAAGGAUUAUUUUGAUGUAAUUAUUCACGGAAAUUGGAGAUUAACUCUCUCGGCAUUUCUCAGGGUCAAUCCGGUUGUUUUCUAUGGAUAAAGAGGAGAUGUUGGACAAUUUCCUUAAACUUCAAUACCAACAAAAGUCUUUGACAUCAUUACAGUAACUGCUUAUAUUACCGUAUAUUUAGUCGAUGGGGACAUUUAUGUGGGGCAUGCACGCCAGCUCAAAACGCAAUGAUUAAGCGUCGUUUAGUUUACUAUAGGUUUUCCCAGACGGUAUACGCAAUAGUUUAAAUAGUUUUCUAGGGUAAGAAGAGGCUUCCGCGCUGAUUGAAUGGAUAAGAAAGAUGUCAAUUAUCUCAAACUGAAGUAUAGUUUAAUUGUAGGGUGCAGUAACAGAGAGUAUGCCCUUUCGGAGAGUGCAUGACUUCUAGCGCCUUUAGAUGACGCUGCAAUGGCAUUCCUAAAAACUUUAUCAUAAUUAGGUAUCCAAAUUUAAACUAAUUACGACGAAAAUGCGUUAUUAGAAAUGGCCAUAAACCUUUGCAAUUUUUGGAAAAUAUUCGAUUACCGUCCUGAGAACAAUUUUCUUGUUUUAGGAUAGCUGUUGCCGUGAUCGCCGUCGUAUUCGUGUUGACUGUACCCGGAAUUCCAAUCACUCUUUGUGUAGUAUCUUGUAUCAAACGCAACAAGUAUAAUAAAUAA